UUGGUUGUGAUUUAACGUGGGGGCUAAGGUUGGUGGUAAUGCAAAUUGCGAAUGAAGUAUGAAGCAGUUGUGCAUGGAAUGUAGCGUUGUGUGUGAGAGAAGAGAGAAUACGUGUCCAAGAAUUACAAUUAGAAAAGACGGCAUUUACGUGUCAACUUGAGCAAUCUCAAUGUGGCUUCGUUCUCUUCUUAUUAAUCCCUCCCUUUUUAUUCCAUUCAGAUUUCAGAUUCCUUUCUAUCUUUCCGCAUUCUGUUUCUCUCUUUCCUCCUUUUAUAAAUUAAUAUAUUUUUAAAUUAAUUAUUUAUUAAAUAUGGAGAAGACCGAGUAAGAAGACGGUCGGUCUUCUUCUCCCAUGGCGAUUGCCGACGACUCCGCUUUCAGCCACUCCUCCCUCCGCCGGAGGCCCACCGCCACAUCGGACACUUCCGCCGAAGACUUGACCAAGGAUUCUGGCUCCGACGACUCCAUCAGCAGCGCUGCUAAUCCGCAACCGCAGAAAAAGCAACAGCUCGAUAGCUCCCUCCUUAAAUUCGCCUACCGUCCUUCCGUUCCCGCUCACCGCAGAGUCAAGGAAAGUCCGCUUAGCUCCGACAACAUUUUCCGUCAGCUGCAGAGUCACGCGGGCCUCUUCAACCUCUGUAUAGUAGUCCUUGUUUCCGUCAAUAGUCGACUCAUCAUCGAGAAUUUAAUCAAGUAUGGCUGGUUGAUCAGGUCUGGCUUUUGGUUUAGUUCCAAGUCACUCAGAGACUGGCCACUCUUCAUGUGUUGUCUUUCUCUUGUGCUAUUUCCCUUUACUGCCUUCAUAGUGGAGAAGUUGGCACAACGAAAGUGUAUUCCUGAACCAGUUGUUGUUCUACUUCACAUAAUCAUUACUUCAACUUCACUUAUCUACCCAAUUUUAGUAAUUCUCAGGUGUGACUCUGCUUUUCUAUCAGGCGUCACAUUAAUGCUAUUUGCUUGCAUUGUAUGGUUAAAAUUGGUGUCUUAUGCACAUACCAACUAUGAUAUGAGAGCACUUACCAAAUCAGUUGAGAAGGGAGAAGCACUACCCAAUACUCUGAAUAUGGACUAUCCUUACAAUGUGAGCUUCAAGAGCUUGGCAUACUUCAUGGUUGCCCCUACAUUAUGUUACCAGCAAAGCUAUCCUCGCACACCUUAUAUUCGAAAGGGUUGGGUGAUUCGUCAGCUUGUCAAGCUGAUAAUAUUUACAGGAGUUAUGGGAUUUAUAAUAGAACAAUACAUCAAUCCUAUUGUACAAAAUUCGCAGCAUCCUUUCAAGGGAAACCUGCUCUAUGCCAUGGAGAGAGUUCUGAAGCUUUCUGUUCCAAAUUUAUAUGUGUGGCUCUGCAUGUUCUAUUGCUUUUUCCACCUUUGGUUAAAUAUACUGGCAGAGCUUCUUCGAUUUGGUGAUCGUGAGUUUUACAAGGAUUGGUGGAAUGCCAAAACUGUUGAAGAAUAUUGGAGGAUGUGGAAUAUGCCUGUUCACAAAUGGAUGAUCCGCCACCUAUAUUUUCCAUGUUUAAGGCAUGGCAUACCGAAGGCCGUUGCUCUUUUAAUUGCCUUCCUGGUUUCUGCUUUGUUCCACGAGCUGUGUAUUGCUGUUCCCUGUCACAUAUUCAAGUUGUGGGCUUUCGGUGGAAUUAUGUUUCAGGUUCCUUUGGUCUUGAUCACUAAUUAUCUGCAAAAUAAAUUCAGAAACUCAAUGGUGGGAAACAUGAUUUUUUGGUUCAUAUUCUGUAUUCUUGGUCAACCUAUGUGUGUACUGUUAUACUACCAUGACUUGAUGAAUAGGAAAAACAAACUUGACUAAAGCUAGCAUUACAUUAUUAAUCGUGCGUGUGGAUGAGCUCUUCAAUUUUCAGAGUGUACAAUUGAUGUGGAUAUGUUGGUCAAUACUGUUUUCCACGUGAUAUGCCACUUCACAAGGCUAAUUCAUCUUGAUCUAUGUGAUUACCAACAUUCCUCUGGCAGUUGUAUCAAUAUCUGCAAUUUUGAAAGCCAUGCACUCAUAUUGAUAACUGCCAAGGAACAAUGUUGAUUAGUAGAGGAAUAGAUUGAUGUAAAUGGUUUAAUGCUCAAUAUAUUUAUUUCUUCCUAGUCUUGAAGAUCAACGGGGUCGAAUGAUGAUGCCUUUUUAAUAUAUAGCAUUUUUUGGUGCCGCA